AGAUAUUGCAGUGGUGGAGAUGAGUGAUGCUUUCCGCCAGCCUUCCUUGUUCUACCACCUGGGGGUCAGAGAAAGCUUCAGUAUGGCCAACAACAUCAUUCUCUACUGUGAUACAAAUGUAGACUCCCUGCAAUCACUGAAGGAAAUUAUUUGCCAGAAGAAUAAUAUGUGUACUGGUAACUACAUAUUCGUUCCUUAUAUGAUAACCCCACACAACAAGGUAUACUGCUGUGACAGCAGUUUUAUGAAGGGAUUAACAGAGCUAAUGCAACCCAGCUUUGAACCCCUGCUUGGACCAAUAUGUCUACCUUUGGUGGAUCGCUUUAUUCAGCUAUUGAAGGUGGCACAGGCUAGUUCAAGCCAAUAUUUCCGGGAAUCCAUUCUUAAUGAUAUCAGGAAGGCACGCACUGCACAACUCUUGUCUGCAGACAUUGUUAUCAAUUUGCUGCUGUCUUAUAGAGACAUUCAGGAUUAUGAUUCUAUUGUGAAACUGGUGGAAACAUUAGAAAAACUGCCUACCUUUGACUUGGCCUCCCAUCACCAUGUGAAAUUUCAUUAUGCAUUUGCACUGAACAGGCGAAAUCUACCUGGAGAUAAGGAGAAGGCUCUAGAAAUUAUGAUACCCCUGGUGCAACAUGAAGACCAGGUAGCUUCAGAUAUGUACUGCCUAACGGGACGAAUCUACAAAGACAUGUUUUUGGAAUCUGGCUUUAUAGACAUAGAGAGCAGAGACAAAGGGAUAUUCUGGUUCAAGAAGGCGUUCGAGUCAGAGCCAACGUUACAGUCGGGAAUUAAUUAUGCAGUACUCCUACUGGCAGCUGGAUACCAGUUUGAUAGUUCUUUUGAGCUGCGGAAAGUUGGGGUAAAGAUCAGCAGCUUGCUUGGCAAAAAGGGAAACCUGGAGAAACUGCAGAGUUUCUGGGAAGUAGGAUUUUUCUUAGGGGCCAGUAUGCUGGCCAAUGACCACCUAAGAGUGAUUCAGGCUUCAGAAAAGCUUUUUAAGCUAAAGACACCAGCAUGGUACCUCAAGUCUAUUGUAGAGACUAUUUUGAUAUAUCAGCAUUUUAAGAAACUGAAUCCAGAACAACAUGUAGCCAAACAGGAACUUGUGGACUUCUGGAUGGACUUCCUUGUUGAAGCCACAAAGACUGAUGUGUCUAUAGUUAGAUUUCCAGUUUUAAUAUUGGAACCAACAAAAGUCUAUCAGCCUUCAUAUCUCUCCAUCAACAGUGAAGCUGAAGAGAAGACCAUAUCAAUCUGGCAUGUGCUUCCUGAGGACAAGAAAAGCAUUCAUGAGUGGAACUUCAGUGCUGCAUCUAUCAGGGGAGUAAGUAUUUCGAAAUUUGAAGAACGGUGCUGUUUCCUGUAUGUGCUGCACAACUCAGAUGACUUUCAAAUCUAUUUCUGCACAGAACAUCAUUGCAAAAGGUUUUUUGAUAUGGUGAAUAGUAUCACUGAAGAGAUAGGGAAGAACACUGAGGAAGGGGAAUGUGAUGGAGACUCCUUGGAGUAUGACUAUGAGUAUGAUGAAAAUGGUGAGAGAGUCAUUUUGGGAAAAGGCACCUAUGGCAUAGUUUAUGCAGGACGAGAUCUGAGCAAUCAAGUCAGAAUUGCUAUUAAAGAAAUCCCAGAGAGGGAUAGCAGAUAUUCCCAGCCAUUGCAUGAAGAAAUAGCCUUGCAUAAACACCUCAAACACAAGAAUAUUGUUCAAUAUCUAGGUUCACUAAGUGAAAAUGGGUUCAUUAAGAUAUUUAUGGAACAGGUGCCAGGAGGUAGCCUUUCUGCUCUUCUGAGGUCAAAAUGGGGGCCAUUAAAAGAUAAUGAGCAGACAAUUGGCUUUUACACCAAGCAAAUUCUUGAAGGAUUAAAAUAUCUCCAUGAUAAUCAGAUAGUGCAUCGAGACAUAAAGGGUGAUAAUGUGCUCAUCAACACUUACAGUGGAGUGCUAAAGAUUUCAGACUUUGGAACUUCAAAGAGACUUGCAGGAAUCAACCCAUGUACUGAAACAUUCACUGGUACUCUUCAGUAUAUGGCACCAGAAAUCAUAGACAAAGGUCCACGUGGCUAUGGGAAGGCUGCAGACAUCUGGUCUUUGGGAUGCACUAUCAUAGAAAUGGCUACAGGAAAACCCCCAUUCUAUGAACUGGGAGAACCACAAGCAGCUAUGUUUAAGGUGGGAAUGUUUAAAAUACACCCGGAGAUUCCUGAUUCCAUGUCAGCAGAGGCUAAAGCCUUCAUCCUGCGUUGCUUUGAACCAGACCCAAACAAGCGAGCCUUUGCUCAUGAGCUACUUGUAGAUGAGUUCUUAAAAGUUUCAAGCAAAAAAAGAAAGUCUCAGCCAAAACUGUCAGCUCUUUCAGUUAACUCAAAUGAGUAUCUUCGGAGCAUAUCUUUGCCUGUGCCCGUUGUGGUGGAAGAUACAAGCAGUAGCAGUGAAUAUGGUUCUGUUUCACCUGAUACAGACUUAAAAAUUGAUCCAUUUGCUUUCAAGACAAGAGCUAAAUCCUGUGGAGAAAAAGAUGUGAAAGGAAUCAGGUCCCUCUUUUUGAGCAUCCCAGAUGAGAACUUUGAGGAUCAUAGUGCUCCUCCUUCACCAGAAGAGAAGGAUUCUGGAUUUUUUAUGUUGAAAAAGGACAGUGAACGCAGGGCAACCCUCCACCGAAUAUUGACAGAAGACCAAGAGAAGGUGGUGAGGAACUUAAUGGAAGCCCUAGCUCAGGGAGCUGAGGAACCCAAGCUGAAGUGGGAGCACAUUGCAACUCUUGUUGCUAGCCUCAGAGAAUUUGUAAGGUCAACUGAUCGCAAAAUCAUUGCAACAACUCUUUCAAAACUGAAACUGGAGUUAGACUUUGACAGCCAUGGUAUUAGCCAGGUCCAGCUGGUGCUGUUUGGUUUUCAAGAUGCUGUCAAUAAAGUUCUCCGAAAUCACAACAUUAAGCCACACUGGAUGUUUGCAUUAGACAGCAUAAUUCGAAAAGCUGUGCAGACUGCUAUUACUAUUUUGGUCCCAGAACUGAGGCCACAUUUUAGUCUUGCCUCUGAAAGUGAUACUGCAGAUCAGGAUGACAUAGAAGUGGAUGAAGAUCAUGAUGAACGUCCACACAAUCAAACUGUUCAACGGCCUUGCAUUGUCAUGGAAGAUGCCAUAGCUACCUCAGGUGUGAGCACACUCAGUUCAACAGUAUCCCAUGAUUCCCAGGCUGCUCAUAGAUCACUGAAUGUGCAAUUAGGGCGGCUAAAAUUAGAAACAAAUAGGCUGCUGGAAGAGUUAGUUCAGAAGGAGAGAGAAUUCCAAGUCCUUUUACAACAAGCUAUAGAAGAAAGGAAUCAAGAGAUCAAAAACUUGAAGCUAAAGUCACAGCCAAUAGAUAUUCCUGGAUUGUCUGUUGCUCACCUUAAUCUGUCUGGCACAGGGUCUGAGGACCCUGAUCUUGUAAACUGGCUAAGAGUUUAUGGAGCAGAUGAAGACACUAUCAACAGGUUCUUGGCAGAAAACUAUACACUAACGGAUGUUCGCUGCUAUGUUACACGAGAUGAUCUGAAAAGCCUGAGACUGAGAGGAGGGAUGCUGUGUACGCUCUGGAAGGCCAUCACUGACUUCCGAGAGAAGCAUGCCUGAUGGUGGCUACAUGUGUUUCUGCUUCUCUGUGGAGAGAUUAGGAAAUCCUCUAUGGCACAGAGCAGGUGUUCUGUCAGACUGUUGCACUUUAAUCCAGUAUUUGUUUACCAAUGUUAAAAACACUGCAGCUUCCUGACUGCAUUUAUGCCUACAAUCCCUAAGAAGUCUGUAAACAACCUUCAAUAUUAUUUUAUUUUAAAUGUUUUUACACAGCUUUUUUCCAAAAUAAAAUCUUUAAUUAAAAAUACAUCUUAAAGUAAGCAGAUAUAUUAGUUUUACCAACCCCCACCCCCAACAACCUGAUGUCAGAUUUCAUGUGAUUGUGCAUCACUGGAACAAAACCAAAAUGUGACAAUUUUUGAAGUUCAUUCCUUGUAAUAUACCUUACUCUAUAGUGCAACUGCAUACGUUCAAUCAUAAUGUAAAGCUUACUACUUUUUCUUUUGUGUACAGAACCUACAAGUAAUUGUUUUUACCUACUGCCUGACAUAAAGUUUAAUAUUGUUUAUUUUUGGUAACUUAAGUUCUACAGUGCAUUUGUUUUAGAGUUGUUUAUGUACUACUGAACUGUACCAGUUGCAUACACCUGAACCAUAGUAAUGUUAGCUUGUUCUAAAGCUAUCUAUUGUGAUAUACAUGGUAAAAAUAAAGAGAAUCUAAGAGUAAAA